GCGGACACGUGUGUACCUGUCAAAGACGCGUUUACCAGCCAACACAUAUCUAUAUGACAGUAAACUGUACGAAUACGUAUGUGCGGUAAAGCAACUAAACACCGUCAUGAGUUGUGAAUAAAUAAAAAGUUUGGCAUGUGAAGUCUCGCGGAGACUUCCGGAGUCAUAGCGGCUAAGCUAGCACACCGAACGGAGGAGGAACUGUUGACCUGAUGCCAUAAUGGCCGACGCGUUCAGCAGCAGCUCAGAAACUGUAAUUCAGCGUGUGGUGGACGUCACAGUGAAGACAAAUACUCCUCCAGAAGAGCUUGAGGAGUUGUAUCAGAUUAAGAAGACCUGCGACUUCAUCAGUCAGCAUCAGUUUCAGAAGGUUGCUCUGCAGUUUCCUGAUGAGCUGCUGGUGGAUUCAGUUGCAGUCGCAGAGGAGAUUGAGAGACACAGUAAUGUCAAGACAUUCAUUUUAGGAGAUACGUCCUACGGCAGUUGCUGUGUGGACGAGGUGGCUGCAGAACACGUCGGAGCCGACUGCAUUGUGCACUACGGCAGAGCUUGCCUCAGCCCCUCGAAAAGACUGCCCUUGAUGUACGUGUUUGAGAGAAGAGCGGUGGAUGUGGAGAAGUGUGCCUCCACCUUCAGAGACCUCUACCCUGACACACAGAGUCACGUCAUCAUCCUCUACGAUGUUAACUAUGCUCAUGCUAUAAAUGAUCUUGUGACACUUCUGUCUCCAGAGUAUCCAAACCUCGUUGCCUCGGAGCUUGUUGUCGAAGGGGAGCAGUGUUACAGUCACGGUCGGAUUAAAAGACAACAUGAUGACACCUGUCCGUCAGACAAAGACAGCAGCCAGGUCAUUUGUCAGUUUGGGAGGCAGUUCUCCUUGAAAAGUGGUUCAAGCAUAACAGAUUACAGGAUGUUCUACGUGGGCCAGGAGGGAGCAGCCCUGCGAAACUUCAUGAUGACAUGGAAUCGCUGCUCAUUUUGCUCUUUUGACCCCAUAACAAUGACGGGGAGGACUGAGUCAGUGAGCAUUAACCGUGCACUGAUGAAGCGAUACUAUGCCAUAGAAAGAGCCAAAGACGCUAACGUGGUUGGCAUCCUGGUCGGCACGCUGGGGGUGGCAGACUACCUCACCAUCAUCCAGCAGCUGAAGGAGACCAUCCGCAGAGCUGGGAAGAAGAGCUACAUGUUUGCUAUGGGGAAACUCAACGUGCCCAAACUCGCAAACUUCCUUGAAAUUGACAUUUUCGUGUUGAUUGCAUGUCCUGAGAACUCACUGCUGGACUCCAGCGAGUUCUAUAAACCUGUGGUGACGCCGUUUGAAAUGGAGGUGGCCUGCAACAAGAACAGGGAGUGGUCGGACGAAUACGUCACAGACUUUCGACACCUCCUACCAGGUGGACAGAGUCAUGUGCCUCUGGCUGAUCAGCAGGAGGAGGCAGACGACACUGACGUGUCUUUAAUCACCGGAGCUCUGCGAAGCCACAGUCUGCUGCUCAGUGAGCCUGCAGAGUCCUCGUACGGCUCCUCGGUGGUCCUCAGGAACCCGACACUGACUGUAGCCAACACAAACUCUGCUGCAUCUUUUCUGGCGGAGCGGAGCUGGCGUGGCUUAGAGCAGAAGUUGGGAGAGACACCGGUGGUGAAGGCAGUAGAGGGCAGGAGAGGCAUAGCUAUUGCCUACGAAGAGGAAGGAACGUCUUCAUGAUCCUUUAACAGGAAAUCCACAAAGUCUUCAACAGAUUAUUCAAUCAUCACUUUCUACAGAUGCACCUGUGCAGCAUAUUACUUGUAAUCACUAAUUGUAUGUAAUUAAAAGUUUUCAUAAACCAA